AUGGGAGAUUUGCAGGAUUAUAAAGAAAUCAAGAAAGUUGACCAAUCGGGAACUAGGAGCUCAAAACUAUAUGAAAAAAAGCAUAUAAAAGCUGUUGCCAUCCAAUCCAAGGCAGAGUCUUCUUUCUACCUUGAUCAAGAGAAAGCAACAAUGAAAUUUCAGAUAACAAUCAUUCUGUUUACCGCCGCUCUGGCCUACGCCUCGAACUACAAACAAACUCCCCUAACCAUCGUGCAUCAUGCUCCUGCUGUCCAAAGUGCUAAUGCUUAUGGUGCCGGCCACUCUGCCUACGGCCACUUGAAUAAAGCUUCCGGCGCUCACGGAUAUGGAGCAUAUGGAGACAGGGCUGCCUACGGAGCCUAUGCUCACGGUGACGCUGGAGUGAAGGCCAAUGCUGCCUCGAGAGAUCUACGGGCUAACAGUGCCGUUGGUGCUGCGCACAGCAACUACAAGGAUAAGGGAUUGUACUCCCGUAAUCGUGGGUAUGGAUACCAGAAGGCUUACGGGUACGAUAAAGAGAUUUCGGCCCACGAUAUCGGUGCAAACUCUGGAGCUUAUGGAAGCAAAUUUGGUCUUAGUGACAAAUACGGACACAGCAACUUGGACGCUCACAACCGCUACGCUCAUGGUGCUCAUGCCGGACACGACCGCUAUGGCGCCCAUGGCUACGGUCGCUACGGACAUUUGAACAGUGGUUACGGUCAGGCAGGAUACGCCCACGGAGCCAACGCCUACGCUAAACAGCCUGCUCCCACUUACGUUGUUGCCCAUCCUGCUCCUGCAGUUACCUACAGCCACGGUGGCCCAUACUCCAAGAUAACCUAUCACUAA